UAAAGUUCUUCCUUUGUAUUCCGAUUUCUUCUCUCCCUCGCAGCUUGCCGUUUUGCGGUUGACGUCUGGUGUUGUGGGAAAGGGUGGAGAUGGCAGAAUGGGUGAGGGCUUGUGUUCAGCCGACGCUGAAGAUUGUGAAUUCGGUUAUCGGAUUGGUAGGGAUGUCCAUGAUUCUGUACUCUCUCUGGAUGAUUCGCGGUUGGUUCCGGGAAAGGAGCGAGCUUUCCCCGGGCUUCUCUGGUUCGAGCACUCCAUGGUUCAUUUUUUCCUUUCUUGGACUGGGAAUUUUCUUGUGCGCGAUAACUUGCUCAGGACAUAUUGCUGCUGAAACUAUCAAUGGACAUUGCCUUUCUUGUUAUACAGCAUUUGUAUUCUUGCUUCUUUUGCUGGAGGCUGCAAUUACUACAGAUAUAUUUCUGAACAGACAUUGGGAAGCGGAUUUUCCACGUGAUCCAACUGGUAGACUUGAUGAGUUAAAAGAUUUUGUUCAAUCAAAUUUCGAGUUGUGCAAAUUGAUAAGCAUACUUGUUGUGGUUGCACAGGCACUGUCCAUCUUCCUCUCCAUGGUUCUGAGGUCUCUAGGAUCAGACCAUGACUACUAUUAUGACAGUGAUGAUGAUUCUGUGCCCGCAAGGCUUUCUCUUUUGCGAAAGGACGCUCCCAACACUCAUCACAUAGCUAAUGCUACUUUAUUUUUCAAGAAUCACCCUUGGAUUGUUAGAAUUCAUGACAAGAUUAGAAGUAGAAAUUGAUUGAUUUUGGUCGAAUGCAGCAGGCUGCUCUUUUGAUCGCCAGACUCUGCUGCUGCUGAACUGACGGAUGAGUGUUUUAACUAUUGUGUAGAUGCAAGUUUAACAUAGUCAUAAUGAUAAACUAUAUAGUUUAAAGUGUGAUACAUGGUAUAAAUUUAGGCAUGCUGCAUAUAAAUAUAUGGACACCUGAAGUUUGAUGUAAAUUACUUCAUAUUAUGCGUUUAUAUUGUAGUUCAGCAAUGUAUUUAUUUU